AUGGAAAAUGUAGAUGCGUACUCGUCGCCGGCCCCGCCGUCAGCCGAGGCUGAUCCCGUUCUGACGGACUCCGGGAGCUCCGACGCGUCGAGCUCUGAAGAGCAUAUGCCUCACCAUUUUGAUGUCCCUCAUCUUGUCGUUCGUUUAGUCCAGUGCCAACACUGCUCCCGCCCCCUACAUUCUCCGCUCCGACUACCAUGCGGCAAUACAGUAUGUCGGUCGUGCCUACCACCGGCCCGGCCCCGCACGGGCAUCACAUACCCGGUGGCGGAGGGGAGAGAAGAAGGGUUUACGUGCUAUUGGGAAGGAACAAACAAUUGCGUCGGCGAACAUUGCGUUGGAGACUGCGGGGUUGACGUCGUAUUGUGCAAUGUGCUUGAUCUGUUCCAGGAGGAGCUCGCAUUCCCAAUGCCGGAUGCUGAAGCGCAAGGCCAACCUGAUAGCGCCGGUCGGCUUGUGCGCUGGAAGGUUGAUCAAACGGGCGCCAAAUCGGUGGAAGCUCAAAAUGCCCGUCUCAGCCAGCGUGGGUGGAUAUCGGGCUUAUACCUGUUAGCCUGGGAAGGCCGAUUUCCCUGCAAUGCGAUGGAAGUCGUCUAUGAACGCUCGACAGAAAGCGCCGAAGAGCAAGCUUGCCAGCAGCAUGAUCGAAUCCGCUUCCAGAAGCUGCGGGACAGGCUCCGAGCCGAGCUGGAUUGCCAAGUCUGCUACUCUCUUAUACUGGACCCUCUGACGACGCCUUGCGGCCAUACCUUCUGUCGAAAAUGCGUGGCGCGGGUUCUAGACCAUACCGAUCUGUGUCCGAUCUGCCGUCGCAAAGUAGGUAUGCCUGCUACUAUCCAAUCGGAACCCUUGAAUCGCACCAUUUCCAAGAUCAUCGAAUAUUUCUUCGCUGAUCAGGUCGCAUCUCGGCGAGAAGCUGAUGCCGAGGAUGAGUUGGGAGGGGACCACGAGACAAAUCUCCCCCUUUUUGUAUGCACUCUAUCAUUUCCCACUAUGCCAACCUUCUUGCAUAUCUUCGAGCCUCGGUAUCGACUCAUGAUCCGACGCGUCGUGGAUAGUGGAGACGGCAAGUUUGGCAUGGUCAUGUAUAACCGGCGGGGCCGAGAGCAAGCGGAUGGACUCGGCAGUACAGCAUUCAUGCAGUAUGGAACGCUCCUGAUGGUCCAGCGCUACGAGCUACUGCCAGAUGGGCGCAGUCUUGUGAUUGCUACAGGCGUGUCGCGGUUCAAAGUGCUCGAGGCCAGCGAACUGGACGGCUAUCACGUUGCGAGAACAGAGCGUGUGGAUGACAUAUCCUUAGCAGAGGAAGAAAGGCUGGAGGCAAUGGAGACCGCUGCCUCCGCCAUGCCGGACCCAACGCAGUCAGCUACCGCCGAGCAUCCCUUGGAUUCGAUGUCCACCCAGGACCUCCUCGAUCUUUCCCGUGAUUUUAUUCGCAGGCAGCGACAAACAGGUGCGCCAUGGCUACAUCCACGAGUUAUGCUGGCGUAUGGCCCCGUCCCCAUAGAUGCGGCCCGGUUCCCUUGGUGGUUGGCCAGUAUCUUGCCCAUCGCCGAGGAAGAGAAAUACCCCAUUCUCUCCGCCAUGAGUGUUAGAGAGCGAUUGAAGAUCUCAGCGCGGUGGACGAGAGAGCUGGAAGCUCGGGAUUGGUAG